AUGGGAGGUGGCAGAUACCCUCGUCGCACCAAACUCCCGAGCACCCGUCCAAGUCCGAGCCAAAUUGAUCCACCCGCCCCCGAGCAGGCCAUUGAGCAGUCUUGCAACAUAGCCACGGCUGAUGCUGGGAUGGGGACGUUUCCAGCGCUCCAGCAACGAGAGUCGUCCCAAUACUUCCCCAUCCCCUCCCAGCCAAACCCUUCCACUCAAGCCUCCGUCUGGCAGCCGACUUCCGUGUACGCGAGAGCCGACGAGUAUGGAUCGCAGACCAUAGUUGUGAAUACUUCCAUCGCCCCCCGGGACCUCGUCAAUGUUCCCGCGAACCCGUACCCCGUCCCCGUCCCCCUCAACGACCCACCAGUCACACCCGUCUCCUCUCCAGCCCAAGCCUCGAGCUCAGCCUCGGCAGAGUCAUCAAGUGCGAGUUCAUCAAGCGCCGGCUCAUCAACCGCCAGUCCGCCGCCCAGAUACUCCUGCCGCAGAGGAUGCGACAAGUCGUUCACGAGCCCCAAGGACGUCUCGAGGCACUACAAGUCGCGGGUGCACACCCCGCCAAAGCACCUCCAGCACUUCGUCUGCCGCUGCGGGUACGCGACCCCCCGCAAGGACCACCACCGCCGGCACCUCGACAAGACCUCGUGCAUGUUCAGCCUGAAGUACUUCAGCUGCGUGUGCACCCAUCCUCCUCUGCACCCCGACCGCGCGGGUCAUCUCGAGCACAUCAACGGCUGCAAGGCGGGGCGGGGCCAGCAGGGGCGCCCGCCAAGAAUGAUGCCCCGCCGAUCUCUCGAUUGA